UGACACAUCUAUAUUUCUUCCCAUAGGAAUCCACUGGGAAGGAGGAGUAUCACAUGGUAUCGGUACAGCGUGGGGUGCGAGGUUUCGGGUUCAGUAUACGCGGCGGGAAAGAGUUCACCAUGCCGCUGUUUGUUCUGAGGAUUGCGGAUGACGGACCGGCUGCUAGGGAGGGAAGGCUGAGGGUCGGAGACCAGAUUAUGGAAAUCAACGGGCGCAACACCAACGGCAUACUGCACGCAGAUGCUAUCGAGAUGAUCAAGAGUGGAGGGAGCGUUGUCAGGCUAUUUGUGAAAAGGGGCGGAAAAGUGCCAAAUUUAGAUGUCCCACCAGUCCCUUCUCCUGUAGGUCAGCAGCCCCCCACACCCCCCAUCAGGAUGUCCUCCGGGAUCACGGCUAACGGCCCGCUGCCGAAACAGUCAGCCAACAGCCCCCACGGGUCCACGUACAGCUGGGACGGUCACAACCCACCUUACCAACCCAACCCCUACAACCGACCCGCUUCCAGCACCAUGGGUCGCCAGCCCAGCUCCAACUACAUGGACCCCAGGCCGGGCGCCAACUACGACAGGAUGGGUCGCACGCACCCCAGCACGUCGUACAUGGAACCCGCGUCACGACCCGGCCCCCCGGAGUACACCCGGCCGCCGGCUUCUCAGCCCGACCCGCGGGCGAUGAACUACGCCGACAUGCGGUACACGCAAGGGUACGGGCAGCCGUACAUGGUGGAUUCUUCAGGACGGAGGGACUAUGUGGAGCCUCCUGUGAGGCAACCCCCACAGAACUAUGUCGAUUCCAUGGGUAGACCACACCCGAGGUACUGAAAACACCAGAAACAAUAUAUUUCAUCCAUGGUAUGGACUGAAAUAAUAACAAUAGGCUCUGGCUGCCAAAAUGGACCUACUGAAUUCUGUAUAUAAUAUACACAUAUAGGCUUCUCAUCCCAUUGUGAAGCUGUUUAGUUUUGGUUAAGAAAUGGAGGCCUGGAGAAUGUACGUUGAGUUUGCUUCUAAGUUAUCUGUUGUCAAGUCUGUCAAGAUGAUCGUUGUGUGGAAAAAAGCAGAAGUUAGUUUGUUUGUUUACAGAAGUGUGGAGCAUCAGCUGUGGACAGAAAAUACAAUUCCACUUCAGUGUACUUACACAUACAAUUCAACUAUGAUCAUUUUCUCACAUUUUUUAUUAUUACGAAACUGUAUUUAGAAUUUCUUAUAUAUUUUACCACUUCUCACCACAUGGAAGCACUACAGACACCACAUCAAGUGUUAGCCUCAACAAUAGUUGUAAUUUUAUACUUACAUUACAUCCUACGUCAAUUAGUAUCCAAGAUUUCAGACUGAAAGAUUACCCCCAUAAUGUAUGCCACAUAUCUAAUUAGGCAUUGUAUAGAUGUACUUAGUAGCCAUACAUAGAUGUGGCACCUUUUUAGUGAUUGGGUACCAUAGGACCACAUGACAACUAUUGUAUUUUCAUGGUAAUAGCUGUAGUAAGAUCAUAUCCUGCACAUAGAUAUUUUUCUUCGUUAAACAAGAUUUGAUCAUUGAUUUGAUUGGGGGAAAUUACUGAGCUAAUUACUGAACAACUUUGACAACUUUCACUGGCUAUGCUGUCACCGAUAUCGAAAGGAUUUAAAUUUUCUAGCUAUUUGAAGAGAAAAAAACUUUCUGAUGUGUUUUCUUUUGUAUUUUUUAUUUUUAAGAAUAUUUUAAGAAGUCUGUGGUUGCUUGUUUACUAACGAACAAGAGUUAAGAUACAAACUUGACCCUAACAGAUUUUUGGCUUGUACAUAAAGAAAAAAAGUGUCUGGUGCAAAUACCAUAUGUAAAAUAAUGAUUAGGGCAACACUACUUGAUAACAGAGGAUCUGCUAGUUUUGUAGAAGAAAUGUUUAUUUUCUACCAUGUAGUAGAUUUGACAAGGAGUACUAGCAUUUCAUGUGUAUGUAUAUCUCAGGUCUUGUAUAUGUCUCAAGCUCAAUACAACUUUAAAACUCAUUGUUGAGUGAAAAGACUUUCAGUGUUUUGUAACAUAACUCAUAACCUAACAGCUCAUGAAGUAAAAUAUCUUCAUAAUACAAUGCUGGCAAAAUGUAUCCCACAGCAAUAGCUCAUUGAAGUGGUGUAUGGCUAGUGAAGAAUGGAUGAAUUUUCAUUGACUCUUUCAUAUCAAUGCAUACAAAAAUUGCAAAAUGCUGAUUAAUUCAAUCAUUUGCAAGUUCAGAAAUUGUGUGCUAAACAUCAUUUUGAGUGAAAAUCAUUGUCCUGAAACAAAAAAGGUAACAAAGCAUUUUGUUUCCCCAUAGUAGAGCCUGUAAUGCAAGUGAAACCUAAUCUUUUGUUAGUGAUGUCUUUUUGGCAGCUAUGUAUAUCCCAGAAGAACAUGCUAAUCAUUCUUACUAGAGCAAGGGGUUUUGUCCUGUGACUGACCUCCCUUGAUAAAAUGUUUCCCCUGUAAGCAUUUCAAUGGCAGCAUACUUUGGUAUGCACUUCAUCUAUCUUUCAAAGAGGUGAAAGCUAGCAUUGGCCAUUUUCUGAAGCACUAAUUGUGUUAUUUUCAAUGCCCUGCUGAUAGCUUAGGUUCUUCAAUAGCUGUAAUACACGCAGAAGUCUCUAGGUGGCAUUCCGGGAUUGAGUGUCGGUUAAAAAGGCAAGUACUAAAAGUUUGUGAGAUCUGCUUGUGGUUAUCUAAUGUUGAGUCUUGUUCAUGCAUUUUUUUUACGGUUUUAAACGAUUUUACAUCUCUAUGUUUGCCAGUUGCCACCUUUUAUUCUUCUAUACUUGUAAAUAAAUAACACCUACCAUGUAUAUGUUGAUCUCUUUUUGUAACGUGCCCUAAUCUUGACCACAAUUUUUAUGUAUAGAAUUUCUAAGAAUAUAAACAAGGCAUUUUGAUAGAUUCUGGGAUUUAACAUCUUAGGAGGGCCGUGAUUGGCUGCUGACCGAUUUGUGCAGACCAAUGAGAUGAACCUGAUUCUUGCCAAUGGAACAGUCUCAUUAAACAGUUGCCUUACAGUUAG